AUGGAAACGUACUCACGGGCUCAGGAACACGUAAUCAAGACAGUUCUCCAAGUGCCUUCGGCUAACCUAAAAUACAGCGGCUACACGGCUACUCUUUCUAUAGGUAUCGGGUCAGGCCAAUAUGAAAAUGCAUAUCGGCAAUUUAAGGAGUGGUGUGAAACAAAUAAAGCAAGAAAAGCAUCCGAAAAUGUGCUGUUAGCAUAUUUUGCAGAAAGAUCCAAGAAGGUGAAGCCUUCCACAUUAUGGGCAGUAUAUUCAAUGCUAAAAUCAACACUUAAUGUUAAGGAAAACGUAGAUAUUAAAAAAUUUACCAAGUUGGUUCCAUAUUUGAAAAAAUUGUCAGUUGGACACAACCCUAAGAAAUCUAAGGUAUUAACUCGAGAAGAAGUAAAUCAAUUCAUAAGAGAGGCAGAUGAUGAAAUAUAUUUGAUGGCUAAGGUCGUUUUAAUAUUGGGUAUUUCUGGUGCUUGUCGCCGUGAAGAACUCACUAAAAUGAGUGGCGAUGACAUAGAAGAUAAAGGUUCCAUCUUGAUUGUGAAAGAUCACAUGGUAUCACCUCUACCUCAAAAAUUAGUAGUGUUUCAACCCCCAAAACCCCAAUAUCCCGAGCUGAACCUGAAUUAUCUGGUUUAA